UCUGGAGAGAUGUCGUGACAUUCAAAAUAGUAUAAGACCACUGGAAAGAAAAGUUCGGAUGGGCAGAAAUAUACGGCUUCAAUUUAGAGAAGGAUAGAAGCACUCGGAAGCGCGAAUCCUCAUCCACGGAGCAGAUGUGUGGCCCACAAGUUGAUCAAAUUGAUAAAGGGACCGGUUGGGAGAAGAAGACGAGUAUCUUUAGAAAUUCAAUUCAAUUUACGAGAUUCAAACCUUGAUAGGAAAGCCGAUGGAAUACAAAAGGAGGGCACGACGACGAGUGUUCGACGUUUUUUUUUAUCAGAGAAUGUAGAGAGAUGCUGCCAGUUUCCGGGGGAGGAAAUUGUGUAGGAGACGUUUCUAAAGUAGAAGGGAAGAUUUCAUCACCUCGCGGCUCAUUGAGACGGAUUCGCUCUAUUAAAACUUUUCUAUUUCCAGUUGCUUGCGCACUAUUCCGAAUCCCACAACCGUGUCAGUUUUUUUGGGGGGUAAAAUCGAUACACCUGAGUCAAUCCCAGAAUAUAUACGACUCCAGUGAUGGAAGCGAUUCAAAGUGUCAGGGACGAAAAACAGAUUCAAGGCGAUCUCGAAAAAGCCAAUAAUGUGGAAAGCCCAAUUUGGUUUCCUACGAGAAUUCAAGAUCUUGAUCGAUUUCCAAGCAACGUUCUGUCGUACGGAAUCCACUUGGAAGCUGACCAUCCGGGAUUUAACGACGCAGUUUACCGGGAGCGUCGCAAAAAAAUCGUCAACGUCGCCAUCAAAUAUAAACACGGCGAACUGAUACCGAAAGUGGAGUACACCGUCGAGGAAAUCGCUACGUGGCGUGAAAUAUUUCGACACCUGACUCAACUCUAUCCGACUCACGCUUGCCUCGAGUUCAACAAUAUUUUCCCCGUGAUGGUUGCACAAUGCGGAUACAACGAAGAAAACAUCCCUCAACUGCAAGACGUUUCCGAUUUCCUUUGCCGUCGAACAGGUUUCGUAUUGCGUCCCGUGGCGGGGCUUUUAUCGUUUCGGGAUUUUCUGGCUGGAUUAGCGUUCCGUGUGUUCCACGCGACGCAGUACGUCCGCCAUGGCAGCAUGCCAAUGUACACCCCCGAGCCUGACGUCUGUCACGAACUUCUGGGUCACGCCCCGCUAUUUGCCAACUCAUCUUUUGCCGAUUUCGCUCAGCAGAUUGGACUUGCGUCAUUAGGAGCUUCUGACGACUACAUUGAACGACUAGGAACGUGUUACUGGUUCACGCUGGAAUUUGGUUUGUGCCGUCAAGAAGGCAAGCUGAGAGCUUUUGGUGGCGGUUUACUGUCAUCGUUCGGGGAGCUUGAAUAUUGUUUGUCUGACCGAGCUGUAAUCAAACCGUUCGAUCCACCCAAGACAGCCCUGGCGGAGUACUCCAUCACGCAAUAUCAAUCUGUUUACUAUGUUUCGGACAGCUUCGAUGACGCAAAGCAAAAACUGCUGGCCUAUACUAAAACCAUCCCACGGAAAUUCGAUUUGAACUACAAUCCAUGCAACCGCAACAUUGACAUCACAAAUUCAAAGCUUCAGUCGUAGGAAAUUCUCCUAAGAAGAUCAAGAGAAGCUUCAAAAAGUCACGGAGGAUUUUAGGAAAUCAAAGAGAAGAAUUAUCAAUUGAACAUGUCUCUUGACUUUUUAAAAUGUACCUAUUAACCUUUUAAAAUAGACGCAAAAAAGCUGUUGUUUACCA